AGCUCCGCAUUGGACCCGGGGCCGCGCGGAGGCGAGCGAGCCCCGCAGCCAUGGGCUCCGUGCAGCAGCGCCUGCAGCGUUUCCUCGACCGCCCCGGGCCGCUCUCCGACUUCCUCGGCCGCCUGGAGUCUCGCACCGGAGUCCGCCGGCUCUACCUGGCUACAGGUUCCCUGGCCUUCCUGGGGCUGUACCUGGUGUUUGGCUACGGUGCCUCACUGGUCUGCAACCUCAUUGGCUUCGCCUACCCUGCAUAUGUCUCCAUUAAAGCCAUCGAGAGCUCCAGCAAGGAGGAUGACACCACGUGGCUCACAUACUGGGUGGUUUACGGCGUCUUCAGCAUAGCUGAAUUCUUCUCUGACAUUUUCCUCUACUGGUUCCCCUUCUACUACGCUGGGAAGUGCCUGUUCCUGGUGUGGUGCAUGGCCCCGGUGUCUUGGAAUGGCUCACAGGUGCUCUACCACAACGUCAUCCGCCCCUGCUUCCUCAAGCACCACCGUGCUGUGGACACAGUGCUCGGCGACCUCAGCACCAAAGCACUGGAUGCAGCCUCUGCCAUCACCAGAGAAGCCUCCGGGACCGCCGUGAAGCUGGCACAGGAAGCGAAGAGCAAAUGAGGCACCGGGACAAGGCCGGUCUGAGCCCGGCCCCCGCUCCCGGGCCCGUCCUCGGCUCGGUUCGCCCCCCCCCCCCAAGUAAAGCUGUUCCCGAUCCACUCC